AUGUCGACUGUCGAGCCAAACCCCCAGCCCACCAGGGCUUCGUCCCUGUCUGGCCAUACCGUCGUCCAUGGAUAUGGCUCGGAUUCACCUAUUGUCAGGCCAAAGUCAAGUUCUUCGCCAAGUUUGUCAAACGAAAGCAAUGUGGAGAAACUCUCUAUUGACAGAAAUGGGUACGAUACCCCCAAGGAAACCGACGCCGCGACUGUCGAGGAGGAGGAAGGCCAAUAUCCCAAAGCCGCAGCUCUCGUCUUCAUUCUCGUUGCCACACUUCUCUCCAUGUUCCUUGUCGCCUUGGACAUGACCAUUGUUGCAACCGCCAUCCCGCAAAUCACAGAUGACUUCCACUCGCUCGACCAGGUGGCCUGGUACGGAUCGGCCUUCUUUUUGACGCUCGCCUCUUUCCAGUCGACCUGGGGCAAAGGGUACAAGUACUUUGCGCUCAAGCCGACCUAUAUGCUGGCCAUAUUCAUCUUCGAGAUUGGCUCUUUGAUCUGCGCUGUCGCGCAGAGUAGCACGACCCUGAUCGUCGGCCGCGCUAUUGCUGGUGUUGGUGCUGCUGGCAUUGCUAGCGGUGUGUACAUCAUCAUCGGUUUCUCGGCUCCGCCACGACAGAGAGCUGCCUUUACUGGUCUCUUGGGUGCGACUUACUCGAUUGCUAGUGUUGCCGGUCCUCUACUUGGCGGAGUAUUCACCAGCAAUGUUUCCUGGCGGUGGUGCUUCUACAUCAACCUGCCAAUCGGUGGUAUCGCUGCUGCUAUCAUCUUCUUUUUCUUUACGGCUCCUCCCGCCUCAAAGCCCAUCCCAGCACCCAUCAAAGAAAAGCUCCUGCAGAUGGAUUUCCCAGGUACCUUUACCAUCAUGGCUGCCUGUAUCUGCUACCUGCUGGCUCUGCAAUGGGCUGGUGUCAGCAAGGCCUGGGGCGAUUCUGAAAUCAUUGGCCUGUUAGUUGGGUUUGGCCUGUUGAUCAUCGCCUUUGUCGGCGUUGAAUGGUACCAGGGCGAACGUGCCUUGAUUCCCUUCCGGCUCUUCAAGCAGCGCAAUGUUGCCGUUGCCACUAUCUACGUGCUGUUCGUCGUUGGGCCUAUGUUUGUCAUGAUCUACUAUCUCCCGAUCUACUUCCAGUCGAUCAAGGAUGUCUCAGCCUCGCAGUCGGGCGUGCGCAACGUGCCCCUGAUCUUGGCCACUAGUAUCAUGUCUAUUGUGUCCGGUGUUCUUAUUACUAUCUACGGCCAAUUCGCCUACCUGAUGAUCCUCGCCGCCGUUAUCGAAACAAUCGGCGCGGGUCUGAUCUACACUUUUGAGGUCGACACCAGCGCCAGCAAAUGGAUCGGAUACCAGGUCGUCUGCGGUGUUGGCGUCGGCAUCGGCGUCCAAAUUUCCAUCAUUGUCAACCAGGCCACCGUCGACCCGUCGGACCUGGCCAAUGUCUCGGCCGUCACGCUCUUCUUCCAGACCAUUGGUGGCGCCUUUUGGGUGUCUGCCGCCCAGGCGGCCUUUACCAACAGACUGGUGCAAAAACUGCCCGAGUACGCGCCGGGCAUCGACCCGGCGCUUGUUGUUGCCACGGGGGCUACGGAGCUGCGCAAUCUGUUUACUGCUGAGCAGCUGACGGGCAUCCUACAGGCGUACAUGUCUGGCCUCAAGCUGACCUUUUUGCUGUCUAUUGUGUUGGGCGGCGUGGCCGUCAUCAUCUCGGUCUUCCCCAAGUGGUCGAGCCUCAAGGGCAAGAUCGACCCGGGCAUGGGUGGUAUCAGAUUAGAGAUCAUGUCAGCCACAGGCUUUCUAGAGCCGUCGGGUCCGCCGCGUAAGAAGAUGCGCAAAGGCACCAAGAGCUGUACGGAAUGUCGUCGACGAAAGAUCCGUUGUACAUACGACGCGGACCGUCCAAAUGUGUGCAAUGAAUGCCACUCGCGCGGCACCACUUGCGUCGACCAGGAACUGGGCACUCUGGAUCCCAACGUCGCCGGCGUGCUUUCUGGAGAACAGCCCUACAGUCUUCGAGAACGCGUCACGCAGCUGGAAAAUGUAGUCAGAGAUAUUCUGCAGCGUGUGGACCUACCCACACCCCGCGUAUCGACAUCGCCGACCCAGCAACCCCAACCUGAUACCGUUGGCAUUUGUUACGGAGAAAGUGCAUCUAUCCCUAUCAAUUCCAAGUUGAUGGAUGCGCCUAUCUCCGAGAGCCAGCACUCCGAACAUGCACCUGUUCUGCAAUUGUUCAACAACAACAUCGUCUCUCGCACUGAAGAAACGGGCACCUGCCCUGAAGACCCCGACACCAAUACGCGUGCAGAAGGCCUCACGCCAAAAGCAAAUGCUGUGCGAACCCAGCUCCUGAAGCUCGUCCCCUGCCGCCCUGAUAUGCUCAAGAUCCGCAAUGCCGUUACCUUUUGGUGGGCUGCAUGGCAUUACAUGUUCCCCGAGAUCUCGGAUGGAUACCGAUCAGGUCUCAUUGGAGAUGAUGAUUUCUUUGAUACCCCGAGCUCUCCGGGAGAACUGGCCAAGUUUUUAAUUUGUUGGUUGAUGAGCAUCGAACAACUUCCGCAAGAUUUCAAUUAUGCUGGCCUGCAGAACCCUUUCGACCCACAGGAAUAUACGGAAAGGGUCAUUUCCGAUAUUAGCCGACUCGUCAUUUACGACGAGGACCUGGCCAGUACUCUCCCUGGCCUCGAAGCCAUGGUGCUCAUGUCAAAGUGGUACACGAAUCUCGGUCGGCCCCGAAAGGCCUGGUUGUUGAACCGGCGAGCGAUCGAACUAGGACAACUGUCUGGCCUCCAUAUCUCGACGAGGAAAGACCCUCGUCCAGACGACGUUCUGUACGAUCGCCGACUCAAGCUGUGGGCGUUUAUUGGUCUGAACGAUCGUUUCCUGGGCCUACUCUUCGGCCUCCCCUAUGCAAUCCAAGAGAACUCGUUUCGUCCACAGGUGGAACGACGGCUGAAGAAUGAAAAGCCGACACUGGAGACAUUUGUCCUCCGUGUAGCUCUUAUCAUGGCCCCAAUGAUUGAUCGCAAUAUGGAUGACCCAGAUAACAUGUCACUCGCCGCGACAUUGAAGUUGGAGCAAGAACUAGAAACCCAGUUGCGAGCCAUGCCGGAACGCUUCUGGGCUCAGCAGCCCAAUACGAAAUUCAACACCAUUGAGGAACAGAAUGACAAUCUGAUUGCCCCGUUCAUGUACCACUUCCUCCGGAUGAUUCUGCAUUUGCCGUUCAUGUUGAAGUCAUAUGGGGAUCGGAGGUACCAGUACAGCCAAGACACUGCGCUGGAAUCCGCCCGCUGCUGUUUGGAUGCGUAUCGGGAGCUACGGUCUUGGGAAGGUAUGAACCCGUAUAUAUGCCGGGUGAUUGACUUUCAGGCCUUCAAUGCUGCCAUGCUCUUAGUCAUCAACCUGGUUGGCUAUGCUGAAGACGCGCCAAAUCACAGCCAGGAACAGGACGAGAAGGACUGGAGUCUUGUCGAGACAACCAUCCAAGUGCUGCGCAAGGCGGCCGCUCAUCCAACCGGCACCGUUGCCGCCCAAUCAGUCAACAUCCUGCAGGGAAUCAGCCAGUCGGUAGCCAACAUGGAGGAUGUGGAUACGCAGAUGAAGUGCAAGGUCACCGUGCCAUACUUUGGCGUCAUCACCGUUUCCCCCGGGAAGAAGAAAAUCAAGACCCGGAACCGCUUCAACCCAAACCAACUCACGCCGAGCAACAGUUCCGGAUACUACAGCCAGACCCCGCAAUCAUCAGAGCGGGCCAGUCCCUUCCAGAUCUAUACACCACCACACUCCACCUCGUCGGAUCAACAACCCUCGUCAACCGCAAACAACUGGCCAUCGUCAUCGUUCCCGGUGGAUGACUCGCGCGUCCAGCUCGAGAACAUGGUUGCGUUCCCCAACACAGGCAUUAUGGACCAUAAUUCAUUUACGGGCUUCACCAUGGGGAACGACAACCUAGGCGCGUGGUCGAACCUGAACCUCGACCUGGAUCUGGAUCAAGGCUGGAACUUGAACUGCCUUUCGGUCGUCCACAACAACCAACCCCGGACAGCCGAGAGACCUUGUCCAUCACUUUGCUUGCGCAUAGCACUCUCGCGAACCCGAUUUGCACGCUCGCAUGAUGUCCAUCUAGGAAAUUCCCAACCAUCCAUCUCCCCUUUUUCUCGCCCAUCCUCGUGUCACCCGGUCGAAAGCGAAAAGAAGAUGGCGAACCGACCGCGCGCCGAGAGCAGGAGUUACACCGCUCCGGACGUAAUAGCGACUAACGGCCACUUUGCGUCUGUCGGCGAUGCUGCCCACGAUCCCAAGGCAUAUGAGCACGGAGUACAAGUCAUUGACGGGGAGAAGGAUUUCAAUUCAAACCUGUCGAAAUAUCUCACCCUUGAAGAUGUCACCAACGCCGGUUUCAACUACCACCUCAUCUCCGUCUUCGGAUCGCAGUCGACGGGGAAAUCGACCCUCUUGAACAAUCUAUUCGGCACUCAGUUUUCGGUCAUGGCGGACCGAGAGCGCCGGCAAACGACAAAGGGUAUCUGGAUGUCCAAGAACAAGGUCACGCACGAAGAUCCCAACUUGCGCAUGGCCGAUAACAUCCUCGUCAUGGAUGUUGAAGGUACCGACGGCCGCGAGCGCGGCGAGAACCAGGACUUUGAGCGCAAGAGCGCCCUUUUCGCGCUGGCUACGAGCGAGGUGUUGAUUGUCAAUAUUUGGGAGCAUCAAGUUGGUUUGUACCAAGGGGCUAAUAUGGGACUGCUCAAGACGGUAUUUGAGGUUAACUUGCAGUUAUUCCUCAAGGAUAAGAACACGACCCACCGCUCCCUACUCUUCUUCGUUAUCCGUGACUUUAUGGGCUCGACGCCGCUCAAGAAUUUGGAAGACACUCUUUUGGAGGAUCUGUCACGCAUAUGGGCAUCGCUUUCCAAGCCAGAAGGUUUAGAAAAGUCUACGAUUCACGACUACUUUGACUUUGCUUUUUACGGACUGCCUCACAAGGGAUACAAGCCCGACGAGUUCGUCGCAGAGGUUAGGAAACUAGGUACUCGGUUCCGCGAAGGUCGCAAGAGCAGAAAGGAGCAAAUACUUGGCGAUUCCAGCAGUGAGAACGGAAUCCUGCUACCAGAUUACCACCGAAGAAUUCCCGCCGAUGGCUUCGCGCAUUAUGCCGAGGGUAUCUGGGAUCAGAUCACCAACAACAAGGACCUGGAUCUGCCGACGCAACAAGAAUUGCUUGCGCAGUUCCGUUGUGAUGAGAUCGCUAGAGGAGUUGUUGUCACAUUCGACGAAGCUAUUAUUCCGUUCGAGGACAAACAGGCUGCAGGCGUUCGUGCUGGUGCGCCACUGGUUCUUGGUGGUUUGGGUGUCGCGAUGCGGAAUGCGAGGGUCAAGGCUCUCAAGAACUUUGAGACUGAAGCUAGUCGCUAUCACAAAGGCGUCUACAAGGUCAAAAAGGCCGAGCUUGAGGGUAAACUCGACACGAGGUUGAAAGGUCUCUUCCAAGGCCAGCUCACCGCAGCGCACAAAGCCGGUGUCAAGGAAUUCAGUGACUCUGUGUCAAACGCCGUCAAGUCCGGUCAGAAGAAAGGCGCCAGUUACGAUUUUGCAGAAAUCGUCAAAAGGGAGACAAAAGCGGCAAUUGAGCGGUUCGAAAAGGAGGCUCGCACUUCCUUGGUCGAAGGUGCUCCAUGGAGCAGUUACAAGCAGGAACUGAAUCUGUAUCAAAAGGAUCUCGCCGAGGUCAGCGGACAAUUGCGACGGGACGAAAUGCGACGUCUCGCCACCCGCGUUGAGCGAUGGGUACGGUCUCGCUUGGGCGAUUCUGUCGGAUUGGAAUUCAACUCUCUUGGCUCCGGGCGAGGCGGUUCCGGCGCCCCAGAGACUGGGGACAAACCUGCAGAAAGCCAGAUCUGGGAUCGCAUCUGGAAUCUGUUUGUCGAAACCGUGCUAGACGCAGAGCGGCGAUUCACAGACCGCGCCACCAGCUUCGAUGCUAGCGUUGACGAAGUCGACGUCGGCCUCUGGCGACUUCGAAGGAAGUCGUGGAUUGCCCUGCGCGGCAAGGUCGAGGAAGAGAUGAUGGAGGGCAAUCUGCUGCUGAAACUGCGCGAGAACUUUGAAGACAAAUUCCGCUACGACGAGUCCGGCGUUCCGCGCAUCUGGCGCCCGACCGACGACAUCGAGGGCAUCUACAAGGGAGCUCGCGAGUCAACCCUCACUCUGAUCCCCUUACUCUCUCGUUUCCGCCUGGCUGACAAGGACGCUCCUCCGCCGCUCGACCGAUGGAUCGGCCACACGCCCAGCUCGGCCUCGGCUGCUGAUGAAGAAGACCUCACCCCGAUCGGCGGCGUCGACGAAGACGAAGGCAAAUCUUUAGAGGAAGAAGUCACCAUCCUCAACGACGCCAAGCGUCAAGACCUGACCGUGCGCUUCAAGAAAGCUGCCGACGGAGUCUACGUCGAGGCCAAGCGUAGCGCCAUUGGCGGUAUUACCCAAGUGCCUCUAUAUUUCUACGGACUGCUCCUUGCCCUUGGCUGGAAUGAGAUCUGGGCCGUGCUUCGCAACCCGGCAUACUUUUUCCUUCUUUUCGUCUGCGCUGUCGGCGCAUACGUGACCUACCAGCUCAAUCUCUGGGGUCCGAUGCUGAAAAUGGCCGACGCAGCGUCCCGACAGGCUCUCGAAGAAGGCAAAAAGCGCCUGCGCGAGUUUCUCGAGUCGUCGGAUACGGGUCGUCAGGCCAUGGCCAUGUCUGCCAAUGCCACGGGACAUGGUGGCGAGGAGUAUGAAAUGUCGUCUUUGAGAUCGAAGAAGAAAGCAGCGGAUGAAGGGGAGGACGAGGACGUUGAGGAUAUCUGA